CUAGACGUGCUUCUCCCACGGCCUCUCGUCUGACUCCCGCCAUGCAGCUGCCAAAUAAUUCCUGUGUCUCCUGUGAUGAGCCGCCGCCGACGAAGGGACCCGCGGCGCUAGCAACAAUCCGUGGUUCCGCAACAGCAUGUCCUCGGCAGCAAAGUAGCGCCACAGCCCCUCGGCCACGUGGCCGCUCAACUGCUUGUGGCUCUUGGAGGUCAGGGUGGGGCAUGACUCCACCGUCCGCAUCAAUGCCCGCUUCUCCAUGUGCGCGAAUGGGCUGCUGCUGGUCUUCUUUCGCCUGGUGCGGUAGUCGAUGGACACGUCCGGCGUGCGCCGCUUGGACUCUUUUGCCUUCUUGUCCUUCUCUGAGUGAGCACUGCCGGGGGCCGUCAGCGCCUGCUGCUCAGCUAUGGCGGUGAACGGCACCCCCAGACCCUUACGGAUUUCCUCCUUGAUGUUGGCCACCUCCUGUUGAUUGACAACACAACACACAGCCCGACGAACGGAUAGAUAGAUGGAUGGAUGGCGGGGGCAGAGAGGAUGUGUACGUCCGUCCGUUGUGUACUCACUCACUCGUUUAAGCGGGGAAAAAUUCUGCGUGAUGAGUCUUCUGGUGCUGCUGUCGACGGCGUACAUGGCACUGCCUCGCACGGGAGUGGCCUUUGCCGAUGCACGCACCUCAGGCACUACAACCAACACACCCGACAGGAAACACGGGACACGUUGCAUCAUGCGGCUGCCAUGCAUUAAGCGUGGCUACUUACUUCCAGAGUCGAGCAGAGCGUCCUUUAUCUCCUGUAUGGUGAUGUAUCCUUUGAAGUUGUUGUCGAUGGCGUGAAACAGCUCGUAGACGUCGCUCUGCUUGAUGUCAAGGUCCAGCGAACUCAGCCAGGCGUCGAAAUCCUCUGGCAGCAACUUCCGCUUCAGAGCUGCAUCGACAACGCCAAAAGGAAGGUAUUAUAGGUCUCUACGACACGCAGAGGAUUCAUUCCAUGAACCCACCUUGCUGUUUGUCUGCCGUGCCUGCCCAUGCGAGCUGGAGCGUGGUGAGGACAUUUUGGACGGUGUGGAACUUCUGUGUCAGUUGCCCCGUCCAUUCCGCAACCACAGUGGAUGGCGCAAAUAUCUGCAGAGCAUUGAGAAACCUGGGACAGCAAGGGAGGAGAGACAUGGCGUAUUAUGGUCUGCAAUGAGCGGAUUAUCUGCACUGUUCGCUCACUCUUCGAUGGUUACCUCCCCAUUGCCAUCCUCGUCCAUCACUACAUCACACCCACAAGCCAGAAACGGGUGUCUCCCUCCGUUGCCCAAGCUGCGUGUGUGCCGUACGUACAUUCAAAGAGUGUCCUGGAUUGCUCGGCGUUGAUGUCCAUCUGCCUCAUGACCUGCUCGAACUCACUCGCAUCAAGAGCCAAAUUGCCGUCCUUAUUACAAAGAGACAGACACAUGGGCCACCAGUCAGGCCAUCCAUCAACGGGUGUCCAAUGUUUGUUUCUCAUCAAUGGAAGUGCUCACCCACCUGAUCCAUUGAUUGGAAUGCAUCCCUCACAUGCUUAAAGCGCUUCAGCAAGUCACGAUGGAAGUCCUCGAGAGUGACCGAUGGCGCAGCGAGCCUGAGUGUCCUGGCGAGCUCAGCCCCCUGCAGCAUCCCCUGUCCCUUGUCGUUUAUGACCGAGAAAAUCCUCCUUAGCGCCUCUGGCUCCAAAUUGAUGUCACUGAAGCGCUUCUGAAAGUCAUCGUAGGCCAAAAGCGUCAUCUGACGGCACAUAUGCAGACGGGUCGACAGACCGCCCGGGCGCUGUUCCGGAAAUGAUGGGCCACGUACCGCCUUUAUCUUGUGUGCUUUAAGGGCCUCAUCAAUUGAGCUUGCCCCGUGGACCUGAAGCAAAUUUGCACGAAACUCCUCCAAUAACGUCAGUGCUGAACGAAGGCCAAAUGCAGCCGACUGUGGAAACCACUCGUUGUCUCUGGUCAUGUGCAUUUUCACUUACGAGGGACGCGACUAAGCGCAGUAAAGAAGGUGUUGAGUGUGACUUUGAUCUUCCGCCCCGCCGCCGAUCCGUGGCGUCCAGAUGGUGAGAGGUCGGGGCCCUGUCCUGUCUCGUUCGGAAAAAAGGAUGGCGCUGUCAUUAGCUGGGAGCUGACGGGUGACCUCUCCAGGUCAGUCUGCAGCAGCUCGAAGAUGAUUUGGGUCUCCUGGGAAGUCGCGUUCAGCAAGUAUUUGAAGACGACGGAGAACUCAUCCGCGGAGAAGUCUUCAUUCAAAGGGAACUUGCUGUUGUGUACGGCCUGGAUUGAGAGCGGAUGCGUGUACAGCCAAGCCAUGUAUAUUAUAUUUCCGUGCCCACCUGCACGACACUUCCUUGUCUUUCCAGGAGCCUCUUUCGACACUCCAGAAAUACUUGAGCUGAAAGGAAAAAGUAUAAACGAAACGCAUUUAGUGUGUCCCAGCCAGCUGUCUCCUGUCUCACCCGGCAUCCUAUCCAGUUCUCCAGUCAAGUCUCUCAGAGUCGGCUUUGUCUUCUGGCUGGUCUUCACCAGCAUCUCGAAGCACUCUUGAAACAGGUCGACGUUGAGGCUGCCGGCGGCUUGCGGCACCGCUCGGCGCAUCCUUCUCGCCUUUGCCACAGGGCUGGAAUCUGGGCUGCCGGAUGGGCUGCUGAUGGGGGAGGGCAGCAGCGGCUGCAAUAGGGUAGAAAGGGCGGCGAUGAACUCGUCCUGCAAAAGACGUGGCAACAGACGACACGUCACAUCACAUCACAUCACAUCCAUUGCAUUCAGUCUUGUCCUUUCCUUGUUUAGCGGAGCUUCAGGGACAAUCUUGGCGGUCUUCAGCACCCAGGACUGCAACGCUUCACCAAGCGUGUUGUACAGAUACCGCAGGGCCCGACGAAUCGACCCGAAUACAACAGACUCUGAAGGCACCCACGAAAUACAUUCCCACACGUGGAUUUGCAGGCGCCCUCUGCUCUCACCGAGACUGAGGGCGGUUUUACAGCCUUGCCCCUGUGUGCGCUGAUCGUCUACCCGGAUCGGUCGCUUCCGCUGCGUCCUGUGUUGCCUAGCUUCUCGCAAGGCGGUAGUGAAUUCCUUUGUUCCCAUCUUUCUUGUCUGUGCCUGCAAAUAAAGAAGAGCCAUAAAAAAGGUCUGACUAGUCCCGGUGAAAGUGCUCUUGCCUACCAGGCUAUCCAGAUCCCCUGUCCCGACUCUGCUUGCACUCUGGCCAAGAUGUUGCAGCGACGAUGGUAGUCUUGAAGGCACUCUCGAUAAUGUCCCUUUGGAUGAUGCCAUUCUCGAUAGUGUUCCCUUAGACCUUACCGCCUCCCUUGAAUCGCUCGGCAGUGCAUCAGGCCGCUCUAUUUGCACGUCUUUGGUCGUCGCACGCUCUGCAGGCGGUGCAGGAGGCUCCGUCACCUCCGGCUCCAUAAUGCGAGUCUUCUUUUUCUCGAGGGGUACGGGGGAGGGGCGUCGGGUCGGCGAGUGAUCGGGUGACCGUCUCCUUGCCGCUUUUGGACUGCUUUCGGGCGUCUCGGCUGGUAACAUCUCACCGAGCAAAUCCUUCAUCUGAGCCUCAAACCUUGCAAGUGAGGGAAACCCUCUGUCGCCCAUAAUGCCAACAGUCUUCUUCCUUUCCAGCACCGACCCCUUGGCAGCCCUUGCCUUUCUCGUGGCCAUACCGGGCGGGGUCACCAGCCGGGCUUCGGGCGAGGGAAGAAUGUGAGGCGGGAGCUGCGGCUGGGGCGAGAGCGGCUGGAUUUGGAAGAUGUUGGUCACCCAUGUUGUGGUCUUGGGCAUCAUCUGUUCGCCCUGCUCCGUGUCCUCUAAGCUCAUGUGGAGGUCGGACCGCCGCCGCACCUCACUUUCUCUCCGUUCCUCAGGAGCCUGCUUCUGAGCGAUGGAUGGGUCCAU